AUGUUAAAUAAGUUUCUAAGAAGACUGCCGCAACGCCGAUAUAUUAAUAAUGACAAUCUGGUUAAAUAUAUUAAGGAUAAUGAGCUAAUAAAGGACUCUAAAGUAUUUCAAGGGACUCUAUACGAAUAUACAGUAAUAAGAGAAUUGGAACAAAAAUUAUUGAUGAACCAACUUAAGAAGGUGGGUGGUGCUCACGAUGGUGGGGUUGAUAUAACUGGGAAAUGGGCAGUAGGAAAGAUUUUUCAUAGUUUACAAGAUCGGAAUCUUAUAAAUAUUGAUAAUCAUACUCCAAAAAGGUUUGUCAUUAACGAUAGAAGUGCUAUGCCUAUAUAUCAGAAGUUCAUUGGCCAAAACGCUGUGAAAAACCCUAGACCGUUAGAUAUUCUAGUUCAAUGCAAAGCAUUUUCGCUGUCAAAAAUUGGUCCUAAGCAUAUAAGAGAAUUAGUUGGAACAUACUGGUCCAAAGUCUCACCAAAGAAAGUGAAUAGGACGUUUAUGAUGAUAUGUUCGCCUCAUUUACCAACAAGAGAAGGGUUGAAACUUUUGAACUCUUGUAAUAUACCAUUGUUAUACGUACAAGUUGGCAUGUUAAAUCUUAUGAACAAUGAGUACGACUUGGAGAAGUCGGGAUCUCUAUUGAACUACUAUGAGAAUGAAUAUGCAUCGAAACUAUUACAGAAUAUUGGAAUUAAAGAAUGGCUUCGAUUGAAAGGUCACAAGAAUUGGGAAGGUUAA